AAAAGAGAGAGAGAGAGAAGCGAAGCAAAGCAUCGUUUGGUUCUCUUCGUCUCUUCCCCAAUCCCCAAUCUUCCAUUCCUUUACCUGUAAACCAACGAAAACCCUAGAAAUCUCGAGAAUCAAAACCCUCACCUCUUUCAAUUUCUUGCCAGAGACUGAUUAUCCACUCGAAUGUUUGUCUCUUCUUCAACAACGCAACAUCUUCGCACCAACUACACCCACUUAUUUGACAGAUUUUCUUGAUUCCAUUGGGAAUCCACAGGAUUAUAAAUUUUACUUUUUUGCGAUUAUCGGGUAAAUUCCAGUACCUUAGAGGCUUUUAUUGUUUAAAUUUGGAGGUCUGGGUCUCAUGAGAAUUGUUAGGGGAAUGCAGAGAUCGUUUUGCGAGAAGAAGAAGGCACCAGGAAGGAAGAAAUCUUUGAGCCAAGGGAUUGGCGUGACAGUGCCCAAGGCCAGAGCACGGGACAAACCUAUGAGUAAGGUUUUGGGUCUCUAAGAUUUGAGGGUUUCGGUAGGCAGAGAGGGGAGAGAGAGAGAGAGAGAGAUUGGUCAUAGAUUAUUUAUUUGUUGGAGACCAUAACCAUCGAACGCAAUGACUCGGAUUUUGGUUCAGCGAGGCUCCUCUAGUGCUGCUUCUUCUUCUUCUUCUUCGAACCCAAGUCGUACUACUUCUUCCUUGCCUGCUUCUUCUUCUUCUUCUUCAGCUCUGGCUCGUGCUGAGCCUCUAGUUAAUCAUUGUGAGGCUGUUUCUGCUGUGAAAGAUGAAGAAAUUGGAGAGGAACUGCAGGAACAAGUGGUCGUAGAUGAGCUUGUUGAGAUUAGCAAUAGUAAGGCAGUGAAGAGCGACGAUCUCAGCUCUAACAUUGAGCAGAAUGAGAAUUUAACUGAUGAAGUUGCUGAUAGUGAGAAAGUCAGAAGUGAUGAUAUUGUGGAUCAAGGGGAAUCAACGACAAAUUUGAGUGGAUCGAAAACUUUGGAGAGAGGGCCAACUGAGAUUGAAGAUGUAAGUGUGGAUUCUCUGCAGAAUGUCAUUGGGAGUUCACAACCACCGCCACCUCCUGUCCCACCCCCAAAACCUUCUGCAUCAAACUCAAAUGUAAGGAGAUCUAUCUCUGGCAGUUCUAAUGCAACGAGGAUUGGACCCUCUAGAAGAGGAACUGCCUGGCCUGUUGUUUCAACUAGAACUUCACCAACUGGAUCACGGCCUUCUUCUCCUAGGUCUCAUGUUGAAGGCGAGGGGUACAAUAGCGCGGAUGAACAGAACCCUUGCUCUCUAUCUUCUUAUGGUGAUAUUGAACGAGAACGACAGUUUGAAAUUGAUAUCAGACGUGCAAAAGGUUUAGAAGUCAAAAGAAUGCUUGAGGAUGGAAAUUGUCUAUUUCGUGCUAUUGCAGAUCAAGUUUAUGGAGAUUCUGAAGCAUAUGAGUUGACAAGACAAAUGUGCAUUGAUUACAUGGAGCGAGAGAGAGAUCAUUUUUCUCAGUUUAUAACAGAGGGCUUUACAUCGUAUUGUAAGAGGAAAAGAAGAGAUAAGGUUUAUGGAAAUAAUGUGGAGAUCCAAGCCUUAUCCGAAAUGUAUAAUAGGCCCAUCCAUAUCUAUUCUUAUAGCACAGAACCCAUCAACAUCUUCCAUGGAAGCUAUAAUACUGAUAUACCACCCAUACGGCUAAGUUAUCAUCAUGGAAAUCAUUACAACUCUCUUGUUGAUCCACGUCGAUUAGCGAUUGGUGCAGGGCUUGGUUUCGGCUGUCUUCAUGGGACAAACGCCGACAAAGAUCAAGUUAAAGCUGCCAUUAAAGCUCAACAAGACCAACAGAUUGAUAAUGCACUUCUAGCAGAGGGGCGAUUUUAUUCAGAUCUUGAGCUUACCGAGAAGGAGAUUGAACGCAUGGUGAUGGAAGCAUCAAGAGCCGAGUAUCUUGCAGGCGAUACUUUUAAGCAACAAAUUGGCCAUAGGGAGUCUUCUACUUCCAACGCCGAGCCAUCAUCUUCCGGAGCUAGAUCAUCGGGCAGCGAGACGAAGAAAGUGGAGACGGGAAGAGACAGUGCUCUUCAAGACUCCGUCCUUAGCAGCAGCAUGCAAAUGUUGUUAGCAAUGGGAUUCAGCUACCUGCAGGCGAUCGAGGCUUACAGUAUUUUCGGGGACGAUGUUGAUUCUAUGGUUUGCUACUUGUUGGAAACGAGCAGCAGUAGCAGGCGCAAAGGGAAGGCAACGGAAUGAGCGAGUUGGGCGGCGGUGAAUGUUGAGUUGUUCUAGUAGUGGUAGAAGUAGUAGUGUAUUGGUGGGAGUGGAGAGAAGAAACAAAGAAGGGAAAAUAUGACAGUUAUUUGAAAGCCUAUUGAGCUUCAUAUAAAGUUCUAUAAAUAAAAGCUAGUAGUUUACUUUUAAUUUCUUUUCUUAUUUAACCCAAAUUGCUAAUCGUUUUGUUAGUUUAAUGAGUAUUGGUGUCUCUAUGAUGAAAUUGAAGAAAUUUUCUGCCAUUAACAUUGCUGAUUGAAAUUUCUGGUAUGGAUGAACUGAUAUGACUCUGA